UUGGACGUAAUUUUGGGCAUAGUUCACUGAUGAAGCGCAAUUUUCGACACAUUUUUGGACACUUUCUAGUGAGAUUUCACGAUUGUCGCAGCAUUUAGCAGCGCAGCGAUGCAUGUCGGCCUGGGGAGUUAAAUUUUACCCGAAAUUUGAGGCUCUUUUGAAAAAAUACCUGCAUUUUACGCAAAUACUCCAAAUCGAGUUCGUUGACCAUUUUGGUCAUUUCUUGCUCAAUUCUUUGCCUCUGUUGCUCGACCAUUUUUGCGGUCUUGUGAUAAGAAAAGUUAAAAACGUGAAUUUUGCGAGGUUAUUUAAACCUAACCUAAAUUACGACCAAAUGUUAGACACUUCCACAACUGUCAAAAUAUAACCUAUAAAAAUGUCAGGUUUAAUGAGACGGUUUAAUCCGUUUAAAAUUAAUAGUUUAUAUCGAAAUUAUUCGAAACCUGUAAUUAAACCAUUGGAGCACAUAAAACCGGAAUUAAUUAUUACUGACACUUGCGUCGAGCGUUUGAAAAAUAUCACGAAAAAUUCGGAGGAGUUCUUGAGAGUGAGUGUAGAUGGGGGCGGUUGCUCGGGCUUCCAGUAUAAAUUUGAUCUAGAUUCGAAAAUUAACAACGACGAUAAAAUAUUUGAAAAAAAUGGAGCGAAGAUUGUAAUUGAUGAAACGUCAUUGGACUUUGUUAGAGGGGCGACAGUUGACUACCGGGAAGAAUUAAUUAAAUCAUCUUUUAGGAUUGUGAAUAACCCCUUAGCUGAACAAGGGUGUUCCUGUGGGUCGUCUUUUGCCGUUAGACUGGAUUAAAAACAAACAUUUUGCAAAUAUUUUAUUUAUUAGACUUUUUCUUGAAAAUAUGUAAAUAAAUACAGCUAGCUUGUAAUGUAAAUAAAUAAAAUGAUUGUUAAAUUA